AUGUUUUACAGAUUUGAUGGAGACGCCCUAGCUCUACUAUGCGAAACAGCACAUUCGGUUGCAAAUUCUCCGGAAUUAACUGCUGAAAUUAUUACAGAAUGGGUCUACUUGUGCUGUCCACCAAUCGCAGACAAAUUUGAGACAUCAAUCAAAACCCCUACGACAACAUCAGUCGCAAAAUCACCUCCCCUUGUCGUCGAUUUCUACAGAGACCACUUGCAUCAGAUCGGCAUACUUGGAAUACUCGAGUUUAUAAAGCUUGAGGGCAAAGGCUUGUAUCGCACGGAGCUCCUUUCCCUGUGUCUGGAAGCUACAAGGCCAUCUCACGAUCUUGUGAACGUGCCUCAUGCGUCAACUGAAGUCAACUGUGCUCUCUUGGAAGACUUCUUUUACGAAUUCACCUUCAGGCUACUUGCUAUCGCAAACAAAUAUGAGAAUGUCAGAGAACAAGCACUGACUGCUGUAUGGGACUGGAUUGAAACUUGUCGAGCAGUGUUUGAAUCACCAUCUGAAAAACAAACUCUGUAUGUAGCGAUGGCCGCAAUGGGUGGGACAUUAUGUGGAGCAGCAGAUUCAUCAGCAAUGCUCCACCUUCCGUUUAUAAGCACGUUAUCAUCAGCGUUCCAAUCUAUAGUGUCAUCCAAAAAUAUCCUCAAAGUCUAUCAAACACUCUCUACUCCCGAUCCGGUCGUUCCUGCCACGAAUGGCAACGACAACGAUAACAACGACGUCAAUAUAUCUAUACACCUAACUACACUCGACCCAUCUUAUAAUCCCAUAACUCUUGUUAGCAAUAUGUUUAUGUUCGCCCAUGAGCUCUUGUCUGGUUGGGCUGUCUUCCGACCAGAGGUAUUGGGAGGAGCUGGUAAAGUAUGGGAGGCCCUCCUGGAACAAAAGCCCGCAGAGGUUUUGACGGCUGGUGAUACUCGAGGACAAGAUGUUGUUAAGAGUAUAUAUGCUUCAUGUUGGGAUCCCGAAUGGAGAUUAUGUAUACAGAAUGCUCCUGGAGCUGACGUGGAAGGUGUAGAGACUGUAUUGCCAACAACCAUUCAAACGGGAGUCUUGUGUGCUGUCCACGUAGAAUCUUUAGCAGAAGACUGUAUUCGUAAUGUGCACCACGUCAUGGAAGAUGCUGAAGCUUUGUCACCAGGUCAAAUUCGUACAGAAAUCUAUUUGGAGUGUCUCGAAGGAUUAGGAGUUAUUGGACGACAGUAUCCACACUUUCAUCCAGAAAUUGUGAAGAUUCUGACCGACUUUUUGCUGGAACCUUCCAAUGUCUUUGUCAAUGGAACUGAUGAUUUUACUGCCGCUGCCUUACGACAAUGUGCUGGUGCUAUGUUGGCUUUGGUCCUGAAGAUCGCACACAACCCACCUCUGACUAAGACAACUCUCUUCUCUUUCAUCAACAUGGCUCAAUCGACACACGCCAACUUACCUGAUCCUGGAGUCAUCUCCCUUCAAAAUCGAGCUUUUUUGAAUGCUUUGACAGUCCUUUCCAGUUUGUCUUCGGUUUUGCCUCCAGAUGAAGCAAUACGAUUCUCGAUACCGGCGUUGACUCGACGCUUGGAAGAUUGUGAACCAUAUCAAGAUUUGAUAUGGGAGAAUCUAGCCAAUAUUGGAUUGACUUGUAAUCUGGGUGUAUUCAAAGAGGUGGUGUCGCUUUUGCUGGAGGAUAGUAGAAAGACUGUCAGCAAGAUAUCUCGAGUCAGCCACACCCUCGCUAGAGUGACGGGGCGACCGCCAGAGUUUGCUGAAAUGUAUUUGAAUUGCAUUCUGACUGUUUUCAAUGACAAGGCUGCUGCUCUACAAUCUAAGCCUGUCCAAGAUACCGGUUUAGUCCAAGAAUUACGAGAUUUAGUCUCCAUUUUGCGCAUCAUUUGUGAUCAAGUCGAUCUCAAAUCUGAAGCAAUCAACACUGAAGAGGUCUCAGAACUGUUUAGAAACUUUUGGUUCUAUCUCGUCGUAUUCGUGCUCAAUUCUAAUGGUAGCUGGCCAAGAGAUUGGUUUGCGUCACUUCUGGUGGUCGCUACAAAGACACCACCUUUGCUCAUGAGACCUCGUGAGAGCAAUUUAUUAGCUGACUUGGGAUCUAAUUCUAUACUGAGAGCCAAGUUACCUGAAUGGGCCAUUUCAAAAGCACGAACUGCCUUAGCUACACUAUUGCCAUCUCGUAUAUCAGAAAUACGAGUGGCUAAUCCAUCACAUGUCGUCUAUCUCUUGGCUGUACAUCAACUAGAGUGCAUGAGGAUACGCAAAACGUCAUUUGAAUACAUACUGAUGUAUCUAGUGGAUGAUCGAUUAUAUGAUUCUGAAGUGUUUCCCAUUUUGGAAGUGCUGGCUGAUGAUGUGACUCGUUCUUAUGUGAACGAAAGAACGAAACGUCCGCAGAAACCAACAUCGGCUCAUGCCCGAGACUUGAUUAUCAAUGCUGCUCAUAGACUUGGCAAAGUUAGAAAGUUUAGCUCACAGACCAUUGAUAAAGUCAUUUCUCUUCAACCCGGUCUCUUAUGGAAUCGAGAGCUGGUGUUUUUAAUGUUGGAUAUCUUGCAAGCUUUGGACUUUGAUGCUACUGGGUCUUACGACAAGAAGAUGGAAGUAGCCAGCAAGCUGGGCUUUGAGCUUAGUUUUGUAGAUCGUGCAGAUCGAGAUGCAGCAUUCAAACACUUUAUGGAGCUAUGUGCAACUUGGAUGCAAGAUUCUGUCAAGAGAUGUAGUAGUCAAAGUAUUGGGUUGAUUCAAGGGUAUGUUGUAAGUCUGAAUCAAGACUUUCCUGGGUUUACUCUUGGUGAAGGAUCUGCUCUGGAGACUCUGUUGAGUCGAUUCAUGUCUCAUGAAGAAAUCUCAUAUGCCAUUAUUCGAUCGAUGGGCAAACAAGCUCACUAUAUUGGGAUCAUGAAGGGCAUGAUUUCUCAAUUAGAAGAGAAUGGAUUGACAAGAGAUGCUGCAGAAAAGCAUGCGUCCAAGAACAUUUUAGGUGAUCUAGCUACGCUUACGCGAUCAAAAGACGCCGCGCCAUUGAAGGAAUUACAUGCCAAACUGUUCAUGGCUGGAGCAUUGUUAGUCAUGUCUAAUACGGUCGACGAGGGUUUAUUAUACGGAAUCAGUUGGUAUCCGAUCCUUGUAUUCAGUCCGCCAGUAUUAGAGCUAGCUGUAUCAGUUUGGAGGUGGAUUAUGUCAUGGAGGCCAGAUUUGAGUGGACCUCUCCUGUCUCUGCUAGUUAUUGGAUGGGAGACUUCCAUUUUGAACAAGAAGGGUCUCUACUUGGUUGAUGAAAAGCCUCUGAAUCCAUUCUAUGACAAGAUGACAUAUACGCCAUCCGUCAAAGUAGCUGAUGUGCAAGAUGACGCCGUAGCACAUUUGUAUUGGUUCCGCUUCUUGACUGAAAGGUUUCGUGUGGCUUCGUUGCAAGAUGAAGUUCAUGUGAGACUUUAUGUCAAGUUGUUGCAAAUUGCUAAUCUGCAUCUUGAUACCAUUCGGGCUCAUCCACGGAUACGAGAAGUUCGACUUCAACUCAUGAUUUUAGCUGCCAAAGUAUUAGAAGUCUUGGAAGCAACAGAGGAUCAAAGUGCACCCUUUGUACGUAAUUUCCUGUUUGAAGACUUAUUCUCGUGGUUUUCAGUGCAACCGAUGUGGGGUGGAGUCUCAUCAGCUGAACUGGAUCUACUCAAAGACUUGCAUGCUCUCGUGAAGGGCAGCAGUCCAUCAAAGUCGGACGUGAUUGUCCUGACGUCUCCUCGUUCCGUAAAGACUGCAUUCAAUACUUCGUACCGUGCGUGCAAGGUCUCCUCUUUGGAUGCACAAUUACUGGCAGUUCUUCUGCUUGAAAAUGAGAUCAGUCGACUAUUGGCAUGGUGGGAUCCUCUUGAUUCACGGCCAGCGUCUUUGGCACCAAUUUCAGCUAUGGGAGCAGACAGAACAAUCAAGUGGAACCAUCAAGUCAGGAUUGCCUGGAGCAUCAGUCCACAUGUUGCUCUUCAGCUCCCAGCACGAUUUGCAGCAGCAGCCGAGUCAAUCGAAGCUGAACUAAUGGUAUUGGUGUCGUCUGCCGCCAUCACUAUCAUGGAUGCACCGGCAGCUCUGAGCUGGAUACUAACUCCAGCGUCUCUUGCACCAAAAAACGAUGAUGGCAACUUGAGAGCGUUGCUAUACUGGGCAUCAGUGGCUCCUAUUACAGCUGUAUCAAUGUUGGUCGACUUUCAACAUCAUCCAUGGGUGCUUCAAUAUGCCGUUCGUGUGCUGGAGAGCUUUCCAGUCGAGGAGGUGUUUUUCUAUAUACCUCAAAUGGUUCAGGGAUUACGGAAUGACCAUUCAGGAUACAUUGAGCAUUUCGUGCUCUUAGCCGCCAAAUCUUCCCAACUGUUUGCCCAUCAGAUUAUAUGGAACAUGCAGGCAAACAUGAAGAAAGAGUUGAAGGAUAAGGAACACUCUUUAGUGGACGAUGUCGUUAUCAAACCAAUCCUGGAUCGAAUCAUCGCCAAGAUCGUAACGAGCUUGUCUGGUACCGACAAGGAGUUCUAUGAGCGUGAAUUUACUUUCUUCAAGGCUGUCACCGAUAUAUCUGGCAAGUUGAAGCCAUUCAUUAAAAAGACAAAACAAGAGAAGAAGAAAAAAAUUGACGAAGAAAUGAGGCUAAUCAAAGUCGAUCCUGGUGUAUACUUACCAAGUAAUCCAGAAAGCAUUGUGGUCAACUUGGAUUACGACUCUGGACGACCGUUGCAGUCACAUGCCAAGGCGCCUUUCAUGGCAACAUUCUUGAUCAAGCCUGCUGUUUCGAAUUCUGUAUCCGGCAGUGAAGAAGCACUUAAUAAGGACGGUCCAAGCAAGUGGCAGUCCUGUAUGUUCAAAGUUGGAGAUGACUGUCGCCAGGAUGUCUUGGCGCUUCAGCUGAUGAGCAUAUUCAAGGGAAUAUUUACUUCUGUCGGCUUGGACCUGUACCUCUUCCCUUAUAGAGUCGUUGCAACAGAACCUGGCUGUGGUGUCAUCGAGAUAAUUCCGAACUCGAUUUCACGAGACAUGAUGGGAAGAGAGAAAGUCAAUAGCACCUUUGAGUUUGGAACUGUCGAUGCUGUCAGAUUUCAAAAGGCUCGGGACGCUUUUGUCAGAAGCCUGGCAGCUUCAUCCUUGAUCUUGUAUAUCUUGCAAAUUAAGGAUAGGCACAACGGCAAUAUCAUGUUUGACGAGGAGGGGCAUAUUCUUCAUAUUGACUUUGGGUUCAUUCUUGAGAUAGCUCCCGGUGGAAUCAAGUUUGAAUCUGCUCCUUUCAAGCUCACACAAGAAAUGAUUGCUGUAUUGGGUGGUGAUAACACACCCUCAUAUCGAUUGUUUUCAGAACUGGUAGUGAAGGCAUACCUUGCCUCGAGGCCAUAUGCCGAAGAAAUUAUUCAGAUGGUGACGCUCAUGCUCGAAUCGAGCCUGCCUUGUUUCAAAGGUCCUAGCACAAUCAAAAAUCUUCGAGAGCGCUUUCAGUUGAAUAAGACUGAAAGACAAGCUGCUGAAUUCAUGAUUGCUCGGAUAAGGGAAUCACACGGAAACAGUCGAACUAUACUAUACGACCAGUUCCAAAAUUUGCAGAACGGAAUCCCAUACAACUAUUAA